CUCACUCCUUCUGAGUCCUCUUUUUACUCAUUCACGUCUCUCUCCCUAUGAAUUGUUAGGACUACUCGAUUUUGUUCCCAGUCUUUUCAAUUUACUCAGACAUUCUCUCACUCUCUUCAUUGUUGAAGAAAAAUGUCAGGACGUGGUCGCGGACGUGGUGGUGGUGGUGGUCGUGGACGUGGUCGUGGAGGACGUGGUGGCGGACGAGGCGACUAUGACCAAUCGAUGCCGUCGCCAUCUUCCGGUCGUGGCAGCGGACGUGGUCGCGGUGGUGACUAUCCGGCACCCCCACCACCGUCGUCAACUCAGUUUCCAUCGCUAUCAGCUCCGGCUCCCGCUCCCGCUCCCGCUCCGGCUUCGUCUUCUUCAUCGGCUUCUCUGAGCCGCGACAUGCAGCAGAAACUGACGAUUCAAUCUGCGGCUCCUGCCCAGCCGGCGGUUUCCGUACAAACGCCGCCGGUGAUCCAAAUGCCUCAGCAGUCCGUACAAGCUCCGGCGCAGCCAGUUCAGGAACCGGUGCAGCCACCUCCGUUAUCGUCGAAGGCGGAGCGGCCUCCGACGAGGCCGGGGUACGGUACUGUCGGCCGAAAAUGCAUUGUUAGGGCGAAUCACUUUCUGGUGCAAGUCGCCGAGAGAGAUCUCCAUCACUACGACGUGUCCAUUAAUCCGGAGGUUACUUCGAAGAAAGUAUGCAGGGAUAUAAUUAGCACACUUGUUGACUUAUAUCGUGAGUCCCAUUUGGGCAGGCGUCGGUUAGCAUAUGAUGGAAGGAAGAGUGCCUACACAGCUGGGCCUUUGCCUUUUAAUUCAAAGGACUUCGUUGUCAAGCUAGAAGACCAAGAUGGUGGAGCAAGCAGGAGGGAGCGAGAAUUUAGGGUCUCAAUAAAAUUUGCAGCCAAAGCUGACUUCCAUCAUCUGCAACAGUUCUUGCAGAGUAGACAACUUGAUGCCCCACAGGAAACUAUACAAGUUCUUGAUGUUGUGCUGAGGGCGACACCUUCAAUCAAUUAUACAGUUGUGGGAAGGUCAUUCUUUUCUCCAAGCAUGGGCGCAGGUGAUCUUGCAGACGGGUUGCAGUAUUGGAAAGGAUUCUAUCAAAGCCUCCGCCCCACCCAGAUGGGCCUAUCUCUCAAUAUUGAUAUGUCAGCCAGAGGAUUCUAUGACCCAAUUCUAGUUUCUAAGUUUGUGGCAAAGUAUUUCAAUAUUAAUGAUCUGACAAGGCCUCUUUCUGAUCAAGAUCGAAUUAAGGUCAAAAGAGCUCUUAAAGGUGUCAGGGUUGAACUUAGUCACAGGGAGUAUGUGAAGCGCUAUAAAAUUUCAGGCGUGUCAACCCAACCAACGAGCCAAUUAAUGUUUCCUCUGGAUGACACUGGAGCAAAGGUGUCUGUUGUUCAGUACUUUCGGGAGAAAUACAACAUCAUACUUAAGUAUGCAUUCUUGCCUGCACUUCUGGCCGGAAGUGAUGCCAAACCUGUUUAUUUGCCCAUGGAGAUUUGCAAGAUUGUUGAGGGGCAAAGGUAUACCAAAAAGUUAAAUGAGAAGCAGGUGACUGCCCUGUUGAGGGCGACCUGUCAACGUCCUGGUGAAAGAGAGAGGAGUAUCAGGCAGGUAGUUGGCUACAACAAUUACAACAAUGAUAAGCUUGUCAAUGAAGAAUUUGGGAUUCAAGUGAGGCCGGACCUUACUUCUGUUGAUGCACGAGUUCUCCCACCUCCAACACUCAAGUAUCAUGAUACCGGGAGAGAGGCACGGGUUGAUCCAAGGGUGGGCCAAUGGAACAUGAUUGACAAGAAAAUGGUAAAUGGUGGUAGGGUGGAGUUCUGGACUUGUAUCAGCUUUUCACGGGCUAGAAUGAAUUUGGAUCAGUUCUGCCAUGACCUUGUUUCGAUGUGUUGUAGUAAAGGGAUGGUUUUCAACGACCCUUUUCUUCCCAUUGAUUUGGCCCAUCCUGGCCAAAUUGAGAAGGCUCUCUACAAUAUUCAUGCCCAGUCUACAGCAAAACUAGCCAGCAUGGGGCUUCCUGGAAAGCAACUUCAGUUGUUAAUUAUUGUCUUGCCUGAUUUCAGUGGGUCAUAUGGCAAGAUCAAACGAGUGUGCGAAACGGAGUUGGGCAUUGUCUCACAGUGCUGUCAACCCAGGCAAGCACAAAGGAGUAAUAAGCAGUAUCUUGAAAAUGUGGCUCUCAAGAUCAAUGUGAAGGUUGGAGGUCGGAACACAGUGUUGGUGGAUGCUGUUGAUCGAAGAAUUCCUUUUUUGACUGAUCGUCCUACCAUUGUCUUUGGUGCCGAUGUAACUCAUCCUACUCCAGGGGAGGACUCUAGUCCAUCCAUAGCUUCUGUGGUUGCUUCAGUGGACUGGCCUGAGGUAACAAAGUAUAGAGGACUGGUUUCUGCACAGGCCCAUAAGGAAGAAAUCAUCCAGGAUCUUUAUAAAACAUAUCAAGAUCCUCAAAGGGGCACUGUUCAUACUGGAAUGAUAAGGGAAUUGUUAAUAGCUUUCAGGAAAUCAACCGGGCACAAGCCUGAUAGGAUUAUAUUCUACAGAGAUGGAGUCAGUGAAGGUCAAUUCAGUCAAGUUUUGCUAUAUGAGAUGGAUGCCAUUCGAAAGGCUUGUGUUUCCUUGGAGGAAAACUAUCUGCCACGGGUUACCUUUGUGGUGGUGCAGAAAAGACACCACACACGGCUCUUCCCUGUUGAUCAUAAUAAUCGCAAUUCAACAGAUAAGAGUGGCAACAUUCUGCCAGGUACGGUUGUUGAUACCCAGAUUUGCCACCCUACUGAAUUCGAUUUCUACCUUUGCAGCCACGCUGGAAUCCAGGGAACAAGUCGUCCUACACACUACCAUGUCUUGUUUGAUGAGAAUAAAUUCAGUGCAGAUGCCUUGCAGACACUCACAAACAGCCUGUGUUAUACGUAUUUUUCCCACUUUCUCGACUUGCUGACUGAUUUUUCGUUGUGUAAUAGCUUUUUAUUCUGGGUUGUAGUUUUCUAAGUUCAUCUCUUCAAUUUUAUUCUUUCUCCAGGUAUGCAAGGUGUACCCGAUCUGUUUCCAUAGUACCACCAGCGUAUUAUGCACAUUUGGCUGCGUUUCGUGCUCGUUAUUAUAUUGAAGGCGAGACAUCUGAAAGUGAAUCUACCGGUGGGAGGAACACUAGGGAGAGGAAUGUGGAGGUCAGGGCCCUGCCGGCGAUUAAAGAAAAUGUCAAAGAUGUAAUGUUUUAUUGCUGAGCAGAGUCAGCCUCCGAUUCCUUUUGCAUAUUUUGGAUUAUUUACGCAUACUAAGCUUUUUUUGUCCCAGCAAUCGGGCUGUUGAUAUCAGCAGAAUGAACUCAGUUUUUUUAUAGUCGGAAACACUGCUUGUGGGUUUUUUAACCCCCCUUGCCUUAGAGUUGGUAUUUUUUGCUUUGAGAAUUUUAAUGUAUCAAUUGUCAAAGGAAUAUUUUGCGGACACAGAUUAGCAGACUUUGAGUGCUGUGUGUUCGAACUAUUGAAAUAUGUUGUAUGCUUGGCCAGCAUGGGCUUGUGG